GUAGAAAAGGGCAUGAGAUUGGUGUAAUGGAUGUUUCCAACACCACCCAGCGACUCUCACAAGUUCAUCAUGCAUUUAUGAACAAAGCAUUCAUAGCACCUCUCCUUGGUCAACCAUCCUUUCCAUUUCCAUCUAUCUUUUUCUCCUCCCAAUCUCCAUCACAAAACAAAGCAAAUGAGAGAGAGAGAGAGAGAGAGAGAGAGACUUGCAGCUCUCGCCAAAGAAGUACCAAUUCAGCAAGUAAGAGAAACUUUUACCAUCAAUUGUCUGGCCUUGAAACCCAUAAAGAUCCUCCACUGCCACUUCUACUUUGAGAGGAGCUUCUGAGACUCUCUGCUCCUUGUUGGCCAUGGCCACCAAUGACAACCAUCCAACAUGGGUUGCCUAUGAGCCAACCAAGGACUGCUCUUUGGGCUUCUGUAGCUUCUACUGCCCCCAGUGGUGCUCUGUUAUCUUCUCACCCCCUCCUCCCGUCCAAUUCGCCGACGAGGGCUCCGGUCGGACCUUCUCGCCCCUCGUGAUCGCCGUCAUCGGAAUCCUCACGAGCGCCUUCCUCAUCGUCAGCUACUACGCCAUCGUCUCCAAGUACUGCGGCACCUUCAGCUCGCGACGGUGGUGGUGGCCCAGGCCUGGGCACGGCACAGGCACCGACGACGAUGAGCUCGACAGCAACCUGGGACAAGUUGGAACAUGGCAUUUCUCCCCAACGAAUGGGCUCGACGAGGCCCUGAUCAGUAAGAUCACGGUCUGCAAAUACAAGAGAGACGACGGCCUGAUCGAGGUUACCGACUGCGCGGUGUGCCUGGGCGAGUUCCGGAAAGACGACACCCUCCGGUUGCUCCCCAAGUGCAGCCAUGCCUUCCACGUUCCGUGCAUCGAUACUUGGUUGAGGUCACACUCCAACUGUCCUCUCUGUCGAGCCAAUAUCGUGCCUGUGACUUCGGCGGCGCCGCUGCAGUUGCCAGCUCCUCCUCCACAACAGACGGAGAACAAUAUUCCGAUCAGGGAGGGCGAGCACGAGGAUGAGGUGGUUUUAGUCAUCCCCGACGGAGACGAAGAGACAGAAUUGCCUAAGAAUCCCUCGCGAAUUCACUGCAGCUCCGGAGAGAUGGAGGACGGCAGUACGGUGGUCGGGACUAGAGACGGUGAUCUGCAGCCGAUAAGGCGAUCGCUGUCGAUGGACUGUUCGUAUCGCGACGGGGUUUCGAUCGUCGAAUUGUUGCAGAUGACCUAUGCGAGUUCGUCAAGACGGUGGGGAGGAGAGCACAGAAAGAACAGUAGCAGCACGAGCGGGCCGCACGGUGUGAUGAGCCCCGCCCCGAUGAAACGAUCCUUCUCUAGUGGCAGAGUGUGGUUGACAAGGCAGGCGAAGGGAAGCAAUUCAAUGCUCCCAGUGUGAGAUUCCAUGAAGGACUCGAUGUACACUUCCCUUCCAUAAAGUGUAUAGAGCAGACACAAAAAAGAACAUCACAGUGACUUCCUGCUUUCUCCAGCAACAUGUUUUGGCUUACAUGAGUUCAAAUCCUAUCUUCCGUCUUGUGGGCUUGUGAUUGUUUUGUCAGAAGCUUCAAGUUUGAAGACAUGCAUGGGGACAGAAUCAGAUGAGUAGUAAUCUCUUCUACUGUAUCCAAUACGUCCCAUUAACACAAGUCUAAAGAAAGCACAGUGGUCGGAACACGGAGAAGAGGAUUGCCCGUAGCACACGAAACCGGAGAAGAGGAUGUAUUAAACCAUGGCCGAGCGUCUCCUAAUUACAUUAGAAUACAAGAGUUAUGUUGAUUGUGGAGAGAUGUUUCCUAUCGUUAAGGACUUGAAAACCUUGGUGUACUUCGGUUAAUGAUCUUUCUAAUGAACGUUCGGCUUGUUUUA